UUGUUUUAUUGCCACUUCCCCUCAAAAGACCUCUUGGCUUCCUGGUUUUGAGGGCUGCAGUUGUUUUUGGGAGGAGAUAAUAUUAUAUAAACUGUACUGAGCUAUUGUUAGCAGUCAUUCAGCAUGUUUCCUUAGAGAACAUUGUGUCGAGGAUAAUACAUAUCAUAUUUGCUGGACAUGUGUAAAGCAUUCAGAAAAUAUGAGAAUGACAAAAAACACACACGAGAGAGAGAUAAAUUAAUCGUGGCUUUAGAAUAUUUUUCUGCGGAGUGCAUCUCUUUUGUGGCCAAAGAAAAUGUUUAAUGCUUGCUGUGAAUAAAUAAAUAAAUACUAAAAAUAAAAAUGAUUUGCAUUAAAUUUGCAGAUUGCAAUAGGAUAUUAACACUACAGAAAAGUACAUUCAUUUUUCCUUGAUUAAAUUAUAUCUAUUUAACUGUGGGAUGUAGAACCUCAUUAAAACAGAGUAAAAUAAAGCAAUUUUGAGUAUGAUAUAGCUAUGUAAACAAUUGUACUCAUUUACAUAUUUUACAUUUGAUUCCGUUUACACAUUUAUUAUUCACUAUGCAAAUAUUGUUGAAGUUACAUUUACAAGUAAAAUCUCAGAGACACCUCCGAGCUUACAGCAACAUACAGAAGGUUUUGGUGGUGAAUUUAUUCGACAGGAAAACAACAUUAUUCAGCAAGGUUACAUGGAAAUGGUGCCUCUAAACCCUGAUUCCAAAUUCAGACUCUAAUUGGUUGUUUUCAAACCCUUAAAGAAAAACAACAACAACAGCUGGAAUAAAUUCACACCUAAACACACAGACCCCAAUUUUUUGUCACUGCGUAAUGUAUUUACGAAUAUAUUUGUUUUUGUUUUUUUGUACUUUACCACCACACCAAUGCAUACCGCCAGCAUUAACAAUGUAUGCAAUGAUUUCUUGUCCUGGAAUUUUCUGUAUUGAUCACACAUGGGCUUCCAUACAUACACAAACACACUUGCUUUCACACUCCCCGUGGAACUUCCUGCUAAUGCUGAAACGGUCACUUAAAAUGCUGUCCAUAAGAAGGCGACCUAAACAAUGAUUACUAUUAUUCGUCAGUCUGAUGACUUCAUGUCUGCAUGCAGAAAAGAAAAUGCUGUGUAGGAAAAGGCUUUUUGGCAAUUUUAUCCUUCGUAGUCAGCCAAGCAGACACAUCAAGAGGAAGUAAAUGUGCUUUUCCUAUUCCCAAGGCACAGUGGACACAUUUACACAAUGAAACAAGUAGUUAAGAGGGGCUGUGCUAAAAAUAAAUCACCCAGGCAUCAACCAAGCCUACCCAUAACUUCUCCCAUGUGUCUCCUAGCGUUACAUCUGGCGAGCGUCAGGGGGGUAGUUUCUCAGACAAACGGUAACAGAGCGGUGCAGAACUCUUCCCCUGCUCACUGGAUCAGCAGCAGAUACAGGACUGUGGGCGCAGAGAAUCCAGGAAAUUCCUUCAGACGUUGGAGCAGGGAUCUUGACUUGCGUGUCUGUUAUUGGAAAAGCUGACAGGGUUGGAAGGGGGGAUUGUAACUGCCUGGAGUCAGUCGGAAACAGAAAGAGAGAGAGAGAGAGAAAGACAGAGAAAACAGGCCUCAUGCCGUCUUUAGUGUCUUGAUCUUCUUUUAUAUUCCAGUCACACCCUCUUUUUCUAUGUGAACUAGCUGGGACUUCAGGUUGAGAGUCAUGGUUAGGAUGAUGACCCCGGAACAGUGCCCUCAUAGGAACAAUGUCCAGAGCACUGAAAAACCACAAGUGUAUAAAGUGGGGAUCUACGGCUGGCGGAAACGUUGCCUUUACUUCUUUGUCCUCCUCCUCAUGAUCCUCAUCGUGGUCAACCUCGCUCUCACCAUCUGGAUCCUGAAAGUUAUGAACUUCACUAUAGACGGUAUGGGUCACCUGCGUAUCACUGAGAGAGGCUUGAAACUGGAGGGUGAUUCAGAAUUCCUUCAGCCGCUGUAUGCCAAAGAAAUCCAGUCCAGACCAGGAAGUCCAUUGUUUCUGCAAUCAUCUAAGAACGUGUCUGUCAACAUCCUCAAUGAGAAGAAGCAAUUAGUAUCUCAACUUGUUGCAGGCUCUCGUGGAGUUCACGCACGGGGCAAAAUGUUGGAGGUAAAGUCAAGUUCAGGGAAGCUGCUGUUCUCUGCUGAUGACCAUGAGGUGGUAGUCGGUGCAGAGAGAUUACGAGUUAUGGGAGCGGAGGGAGCCGUGUUCAGUAACUCCGUGGAGACACCACACGUGAGGGCCGAGCCCUCUAAAGAGUUGCGGCUCGAGUCUCCCACACGUUCUCUGUACAUGGAGGCCCCUAAAGGUGUGAAAAUAGAAGCUGAUGCAGGUGAUUUCCAAGCAACCUGCAGGAGCGAUUUGCGGCUGGAGUCUAAAGAUGGAGAGAUCAGCUUGGAUGCCAAAAAAAUCAAGCUCCUACGUCUACCAGAGGGAAAAGCCUCCCCCUCUGGAAGCAGACAGACUGUCUACGAGGUGUGUGUUUGUCCCAGUGGAAAACUCUUCUUAUCACAAGCAGGAACUGGCUCCACUUGCCAGAUCAGCAACAAUAUAUGCCUCUAAAUACUUACAAACUCACUUACACACACACACACACACACACAUACAUAGUACACUUGCAUAUACAAAGGACCUGUUCCUCUUGAAAAAUUCAACCUUUACAAGAACUUGACAAGGAUUUUCUCAAGAUUCGUGAAAACAGUUCGGAGUGACAUUCGCUCUGAGAGCAAAACAAUAUCUGAAUCAGAAACUUUCGAGGUGAUCACCAGAACAUGAUGACAGUUGCCAUUCAGAUCCAAACCUUGCAUUUUCUCUUCCAGAUUUAUUAUUAUUAUUAGUAUUAUUAUUAUUAUUAUUUUGGAGCCAUUUCACUGAAGAGAGUCCUGUGGAUGCUUAUCUUUUAUAGCACCUUUUUUUCACACCAAAAUAGAAAUGGUGUCAUUAUUUACUCACCACUGUGAUGUUCCAAACCCAUUUUUAUUGUUUUCUUUUAAAACAUCUCCUUUUGUGUUCCACGGAAGAAAGAAAUGUAUACAUGUUUGGAACAACAUGAGGGUGAGUAGAUUAUGAUAAAAUUUUCAUUUUUGUUUGAACUAUCUCUUAAAAACAAUAUUCAGUUUUCUUUCCUGAAGUCAGUACUAUUGGUAACAUGACAUUUGUACUAUUAUUCCAUCCUGUUGAUGAACAUCUACAGCCAUCUUUCGCAACACACAACAAACUGAUGUUUCAAUGGGACACCUCCCUAUGAUGGUGAUCACCUGUACCCAAACUGCGCUUGCACUGGGUUUGAACCCAUGCAUCCACACUGUUCAAAAAGGAGAACAGCGCCUGUGCCUUAAUUCAAUGCACUUGUGAUGAGAAGCACAUCCCACUGACUUUUAUUUACAAAAGGAGACUUACAUUAAUUUAGGUUACUUGCCUUGUGCUCCCCCGAAUUAUAAUUUUUUAAUUGCGUGAAAAGUGGAGAGAACAUUUUUGACACCCAAUGACCCCAGCUGAAAAUAACUCACUUGUUAUGUUGCUGAUAAUGUAUUUAAUUUGGACUGGAGAAGAGAGUGUGAUUUGAUUUUUUUUGUUUUUUUUUUUUUUUUUUUAGUUUUGGGUUGGCACAGAAUGAAGCUAGUUGAGUUUGGGAGAAACAUUUUCAUUUUUGACUGUGUAUGUGUGAUAUUAAGUUGAUUAUAAAUGUUUUAUUUCUUCUUUCUGUAUGAUUUAACACUUAAAUGGGAUAAACAAACCAGAGACAAACAAAUAAAAAAGCAAAACUGUCAUUCUGUCAUAUAUUUUGGAUUUGUUGUAAAUGUAGGAAUUGAAGUUCACAUUUCCCAAGAUUAAAUGAGGAAUUUGUUUGCCUUGUGUGACAAAUGUAACAUGACUUUAUUAUACUAGUAAAUUAUAAAUGACACCAGUUAAAAUAUCUACACCGAUAAAUAUGUUUUUAAGGAAUAGUUCACCCAAAAAUGAAAAUGUUGUCAUCAUUUACUCACCAUCAUGCAGUUCAAACCCAGAAUUAUUUUAUUUGCUCUUUGAAACACAAAAGGAGAUCUAAGGCUGAAUCUCCAAACAGCUCUUUCAUACAAUGAAAGUGGAAAGUGACUUUAAAUGCCAUGUAAGAAAGCACCAUAAAAGUGGAAUAACAAUAUCAUACUAGUGUCAUAAAAGCAGUCCAUAUGACUUAUGCACUAUAUGUAUAUAUUAGCAUGUAUAUUUCAACAAAUUAUCAUUAUUAUUCAUACGUAUUCAUACAUAAAGUGUGGUUCUAUCACACAUAAAAAAUUGUGUUUGCUUGGACAUGGGCAUUUACAAUAUCAUCGUCUUGACAGCAUCUAGAAACAUAAAGUAUCAUCCUUUGAACAAUUUUAGAGAUAUACCAUUGUUUACUAACAUUUGUGACACCAUACACACAUUUCACGUGUAUCCAAACAUGCAAACGUAUACGUGUGAACACUGCGUAUAAAUAUCUACAAAUAGUCGAGAUCACCCUGCUAUACAGUAUUCUACAUCAUACGGUAGCUUUGUGAUGAACAGACUAAAAUUUAAGGCAUUAUUCACAAAAGAUCUUACCGUCUGUCAAACCUGAAUAAAAGUCGUCAUUUUUAUUUGUAUAGCGCUUUUCACAACACACAGUUUCAAAGCAGCUUUACAGAAAAUCAUGCAUUAAAAAAAGAAAAAUGAAACUGUAAUAUAUAUAAAGUCUAAGAGUGAUCGCUGUGUAGUUUGAUUAAAUAUGAUUGCAAAUUGUGUAUAAAAAUUAAAUAAUUAAAUAAUUGUAUUUACAAAACCGAAAAUUAGUGACAAUUUUUUUUUUUUUUAAAUGGGUGAACUAUUCCUUUGUCAUCAAGCAGGAUUUUUUUUUUUUUUUUACAGAAAUUGUAUCUUUAUAUUCUUGCUUCACCUCUGCAAAUAUCUAUAGAUUUGUAUCUCAUUUGUUUGCCAAAAUUAAAAAUAAAAAUGGAUACAUUGUUUUUGAUUUAGAUAUCAAUUGACCAUAAUGUCCCAGUGAAUUCUCCUGCUAAAUUACAGUGGUUUCACACCCCAGCUGGUAAAAUCCCUGUGACAUAGCCAAAAAGAGAGAAAAAAUGUAUGUAAUUGUCACUUUACCUCAUUAGCACUGAACCCACUAAAUUUGAAGCGAUGAGGAGUGACAGCUGUGAUCAUUGCGUUGAAAAGCUGAAGCACUUAGCAAUUGUUGACACCCUAUUAACAUGCUAACUGCUAUGGGUAGUGAAAGGAGACAGAAACACUGGGAAAUCUGUAGGGAAAGACACAGCAUCACAGAAGGGCUUAAUCAUAUUCAUUCUCUUUUGAAUUUUCAGGGGAAUUUGAAAUUUGAUAGUGUGCUGUGUGUGAAGUGAUAGAUUGCUAGUGCUGAACUCUUGCAUGAGACAGAAAAGAUGGAAGCCAGUGACAGAGAUGAAAACCCAGUUUUCAUUUUUUCAUUUUUUUUUCUAUUGUUUUGUUUGUUUGUUUUUCUUGUUUGAGCAAAAAAUAUCAUAUGAACUAGUUUCACCUUACACCCUACUGUCACAUUUUUCUUUUUUCUUUUAAACAUAUCUGUAAUUUGUAUACAGUACCUCCCUGUUUCAAACGACUCGACUAAAAGCAGGACUUUAGGAUGAAACUUCUGUUGUUUGAUGUGUGCAUUAUCUUGUUUGAUGAAUUAAAUAUUUGUGCUAAAUAAAAGUUUUCUCUACAGCCA